CAUAUAUACAUACAGUAUAUAUACAUAUAUACAGCUGAGUUUCAGUUAACAGUGAUAGAUAUUAGAUAGUAGUAGUUCAUCAGUGAAAAGUAGACAAAUAGUGUAGGGUGUUAAUUUCAUUACAAAACGGUGUCGUUUUGUUAUUAUUUUUUUAGAUUUUUAUUGCAUUUGCUGCUUUGGAAGCAGUGCCCAUCUGAAAAGAAUUUCUUGCUGCUCAUUUUUUGUGGGGUUUAAGAACAGGUUUUGCUCUGCAUUUCUUUCAUAAUUUCACUUUCUGUACAUUGGAAGUACUUUUAUGCCCUUCUUGUUCAAGGAAGAAAAAAAAAUGAAAAUUUACUCUCUUGAAUUCUCCAAAUAUUCAAGGUUCUUGCAAAAAGCUUGAAAAACAAUCAAGGGUAGUUUUAUAUUUUUGAGGUGAUGGGGCCAAAUUUCAUGGACGAAAUCGAUUGUGGAAACUUCUUCGACCAAAUCGACGACUUGAUUGAGUUUCCACCCGACAAUGAGUGCGGUGAAGAUAGCAAUUUAGUUAUAAGCUCCGAUGUACGUAAGGAUUUUCCGGCGUGGAAUAAUGACUUGCCGGAUUGUGAUCCUCUUUUCUCCGGCAGCCACGUCAGCUCCGCCUCCGAUCUCUCCGCUGAGCUCUCCGUUCCGUACGAGGAUAUUGUGCAACUCGAAUGGCUUUCGAAUUUCAUGGAGGAUUCAUUUUCAUGCAAAGACAUGACCAUCGGAAAACAAAACUCGUCGGUCCCACACAACCAAUUUCAAACCUCGAGCCCAGUUUCCGUCUUAGAGAGCAGCAGUAGCAGCAACAGCACUUCCUCCUCUCUCAGCCCAACCCAUCGUGGCCCACAACGGGCCCGGAGCAAACGGGCCCGCCCGGCGUCUUUCAAUCCACGGGCCGCCAUUCAACUCAUCUCCCCCUCUCCCGAACCCAAUCACAACUUCAUCAUCGAGUCGCCACCCGUUAUGAAGAAGGCCCAUAAACCGAAGCCCAAGAAAAUUAAAGAAACUCCGCCCGUCGAUCCGUUAUCAGCAAAUGACGAAUAUACCCCUCCGGGCCAAGCAUUGCGCAAAUGCUUGCACUGUGAGAUAACCAAGACCCCGCAGUGGAGGGCGGGCCCGCUGGGCCCGAAAACCCUAUGCAACGCUUGUGGGGUCCGCUACAAGUCGGGCAGAUUGUUCCCGGAGUAUCGUCCGGCCGCUAGCCCUACCUUCGUGCCGUCUGUGCAUUCGAAUUCGCACAAGAAAGUACUCGAGAUGAGAAACACGGUCGAGCCCGAAAAUGGAGCAAGCGGGCCUGGGCCCAUUACUAGUGCUUCACUUUAGUACGGAAGAAGAGCGUGAGAAGGGUUCCGUAUUUUAUAUCAAUACUAUGCUACUUUCUUGAAGUUUCGUUUUUUUUCUUCGAUUUAUUUGUUCUUUCGUACUUUGUAUAGUGUAAUGUAACUGGAGAGGGGAGGGGGAGAAUAUAGGAGCUAUAGAUGACGGUAAUUUAGAUUAGUCGGAAGUUUAGCGAUAAACGGAAAGUUUAGGACGUUGGCUUUCGCCUUAAAUCUUGUUUAGUUCCUUAAAAAAAAGAGAUUGUAGCUUUGGGGGCAGAGGAAAUUUCAUUUUUUUUUUUUUUUUUGCAGUUGGUUAAUUUUCUGUUUAAUUGUAGGGAUUUUGAACUGGUAAUGAAUUUGAGUUUAUGUACUUGUUAUUCCUCUA